CGUCGAUUGUUAAAGUUGUAAGUGGCAGACCCUAACCCUGAACAUCACCCACCCCGGCUCAGUGAUGUCACCUCAUCAACCCGCAACCUCCGAAAAGACAGCUCUCUCAACAUCGCGCAACAUCCAAUUGAGCCUCACCACCACCGACCCUCAACAAACCACCACCCCAAUCCCACCCCCACCACAAUGUUCCGCCCAACCCUCCGCCCCCUCACCUCAAUGGCAACCACGGCCUCGCGCCGCGCCACCACCACCACCCCCCUCACCAACCCCAGUCUCACCACCACCCCGCGCAUCAUCACCACCGCCCGCGGCUUCCGCGCCACGCCGCGCGCGCUGGUCAAGCCGGGCGACCCGCUCCCCGACACGGACGCGCUCAUGGAGAGCCACCCGGGCCAGCGCGUCAACCUGGCCGAGGAGGCGCAGCGCGUCAACAACAUGCUGCUGAUCGGCGUCCCCGCGGCCUUCUCGCCCGCGUGCUCGGCGACCCAUGUUCCGGGUUAUGCGAACCACCCAAGGGCGAAGGAGUUUGAGGUGGUUGGGGUGGUGUCGGUUAAUGAUGUUUUUGUCAUGAAGGCUUGGGGUGAGGCGUUGGAUCCGGCUGGGGAUCAGGGGAUCCGCUUCUUUGCCGACCCGACCGGCAAGUUCACCAAGAUGCUGGACAUGGCGUUCGACGGGUCGGCCAUCUUUGGCGGGGACAGGUCCAAGCGGUACGCCAUUGUUGUCGAGCAGGGCAAGGUCAAGUCGGUUGCUGUCGAGCCUGACAACACCGGUACCGAUGUGUCGUUGGCGGAGAAGGUUUUGGGUGCUGUUUCCCCUUAAAGACGAAACUUCUGAAAUCGUACGGUGUUUGGGCGGAGGGAAAAGGAUAGUGUACCGAGACGUCAAUUGCGUCUUACGGCUUUAGUGUAGCAUCCAUUCGCAUAAGCAACGCCUGAGCUCUUCAAGAA